CAAUUCAAUCGAAAGUCUGACCUGCAGAGGCAUCAUCGCAUUCACACCAACGAGAGGCCCUUUACCUGCCACAUUGACCAAUGUCGAAAGAGCUUCAUCCAAAGAAGUGCGUUAACCGUCCAUAUCAGGACGCAUACCGGCGAGAAGCCUCAUCAGUGCCUGUAUCCCGACUGCGGCAAAGCUUUCUCCGAUUCGUCGAGCCUUGCGAGGCAUCGCCGUAUCCAUACUGGCAAAAGGCCCUACCGCUGCCCCUAUGCGGACUGCGACAAGAGGUACGUUGACACCGCCCCAUGUUGGCUUUGCCUUUCUAAUAGCCCCUCAAAAGCUUCUGUCGAAAGACAACCCUGA